CUCCUCCUAUCCCUCUCUUAUCUGGUGUCAGGACUAGAAAAAAAAGGCGAUAUACGCAUCUCACCAGCCGUUCCAUCCUUCGUCUUGAGGACACGCUGUACCCAAAUAUCCAAACAGGAGGACCAGCGCGUCCAUCGCCACUACUGCGCCAAAGAGACAGGCGAUUCGCUGGGCCCCAGCACCAAGAGUGGGACAUCAUCCGAGGGUGGACUCCUCGAACCCGCCCAAAACCGCCAUCCACCCAUCGAGGGGCACUUGAGCGAGACUUGCUUUCCUGUCGCAUUCUCAUCCUCCUCAACUCUUCACGGUGACUUUCAUUCGCGCUUCAACACGGGGCUUUUCCCAUCUACCCUGUCCCUUCAACUCCUUGGGUCUGGCGUGCUCUUGCUUCGCGCAGGACCGGACAGGGAACUAGGAUCUCUAGAGACCUUCUAGAAAAAAAAGGUUACGGGACUUAUUUUUUUCAUCAUUCCAGAAUACACGGAAUAUUUACGACGCCUUCUAAACUACAUCUUUUCGACGACGCCUACUUCCCCUCCAUCACGAUGACAGGCGCUGCUCCCAUUGACAUCACCAGCCGGCAGUCGGCCUCGGUCUCACCACCGGGCCAACAGGCCUCGAACCUUACUUCGGCACUCCAGAGAGCUGGCACCGGUGAGCGCACAGGUAGUAUAUCGCACCACCCUAGCGGUGGGCUCGCGAUGUUCAAGGCUCCGCCGCCUCGCAAGGACUCGAUCGGUGCCGCCAAUGCACAAUGGGGAAACGGGACGAAGCCGAUCUCCAUGUCGGGGUCUGCCCGCGACAAAGGCCGGCGGGAAUCACUCGCAGGUAGCUUGGUGGGCGGUAUGAGCUGGGGUGGUGUAUCUGUAGGAAGUUGGAUUCGUGAUGAUAUCAUCAUGACCGGCACUUCUCCGUUUACCUUUCAGUCGCCUUCUUUCCACUCUUCCUCAUAUCUGCCGAAGCUGGAGGCCAACUUCAUGCGGGACUUUUCCUGCUGCGGUGUGACGUUACCGACGCUUCAUGACCUAUUACAGCACUACGAGGAAGCCCAUGCGACCAAGUCGCCCAACCAAGGACACCGCCCGAGCCAGGGUGAAAAUCGGGCUGCUUUGGCAGCCGCCGCGAUCGCACAGCAACAGAGCCAGCAGCAUGGCAACCAAGGACGUGGCUUACAGCCUGACCGCACCCUGGAUAUGUCACGGAAGAUGGGCCAAACCCCCUCCGCAUUACAGCACGUGGAUCUAGAUACGAUGGAUGACAUGGAGUUGGACGACCCUAUGGGUGAUGCGGAUGCUGCAACUUCCCAGCUGUUUUCCUCCCAGUUACACGACGGUGGCCAAGGCGGAUUUGGCAACUCCAACCAAGGCUCGCAAUUAAAUCUGGGCAUGCUUCCUAGUCAUCAGGGCUUCAACACCCCCUCUCAGCCCGGUACCCCGAUCGGUUCUGCACGUCCACUUUCCCUGUCAAACAACCCUACCGUUUCCUCCGUCAAUACCCCGACUUUGAUGGCCAACCCACUCCAAAAUUCUCAGUUCCGCAAUACUCCCGAUUCGUCCGGGCCCGGUACGCCGGCUGAGAUUGAUGAGAGCGUGGUAGGCGGAUUUGGCGAUCUCACUAUGCAGCAGAAUGUGAUGGGCCAGAACCAGAUGCAAUAUGGACGCUACCCCGUUAAUAAUGAUAUGGUUGAUCUUUGCAUCGACGAGCCGGCCAAGCGGCUGUUCAGUCCAAGUGGAGGAAUGGGCACUCCCAAUGCUCACUUCAAGCUUAGCGGAGCCCAAUAUGGUCCCAACAGCGAUAUUGCUCGGCGGAUUCGGGAACAACAGCUCCUGGCCGGGGUUCCUGACACCACUUCUAUCCUCCCUAAUGAGGAGCCUAAGCCCUUCCGCUGCCCUGUCAUUGGCUGCGAGAAGGCAUAUAAGAACCAGAAUGGUCUCAAAUAUCACAAGGCUCACGGUCACAAUAACCAACAGCUCCACGAUAACGCUGACGGAACCUUCUCGAUUGUCAACCCGGAGACUUCAACGCCCUAUCCUGGAACCCUGGGUAUGGAGAAAGAGAAGCCGUAUCGCUGUGAAGUGUGCGGCAAGCGCUAUAAGAAUCUCAACGGCCUCAAAUAUCACAAAUCGCACUCGCCCCCAUGUAACCCGGAUUUCCAAAUUGCAGCAGGCCGCAAUCUAAAUCUUGGCGGUGGCGUCAUGCAGGGACAGAACAUCAACGUUGCAGGAGCUGGCCUCCCCGGAAUCGGUGAGGAGGGCCUUCUGUAAUCGUGAUGGGUUUUUGAGAAUACAUCAUCCCCCAGUUCUCGCUUAUUCAUACAAAUUAUACCCAGCGAUUCUUUGAUGCAAAUAAUCGAUACGGUUGAGUGGCCCUUCUUCCUCACGCUGUUCUUUUGGUUUCACCCAAACACGAUGUCAUGAAUUGGUUCGGUGACUAUGGAGUUUUCAUCUUGACUUUUUAAUUAUCCGGGAUCUUGACCUUUACGUGCUGUUUUCUAUUUUCUUUGGGUCGAGUAACCAGAUGCCAAAUGGUUCAUCCUGGUACCUGUUUUGUCUUUGAUUCAAAUUUUUCCUUUUGCUCGAUAUCCCCCCUCGCCAUUUCCAGGUACCAUCUUUCCCAUUUUCCGGGCAAAAGGCAACUUGGUAGAGCCGUUCACAGUCAGAGUGAUCCAGACUUACACCCCAGCAAGAUCAUCACUUGUCUACGUCUGUUUGUCUAUCUAGAUGGCGUCGUUCGGGUUUUUUUUCUUUUCUCUCCGUUUGAUAUGGCUGAAAAUCAGCUCUCGGCAGAAAAUGGGAAUGAGCGUGGUUAUACCUGCGGCGUCCUUCUCCCCUUCUCCUUUUUUUGCAUGCUUGCGUUAUGCGUUCUUUCUUACAAGGGUUGGCUUUUUGCUUUUAUUGAUUCCAUAUAUGGUUAUGGUUAUGCUCAUGAUUUGAGUCUCUUUCUUCCAUUCAAAGGAAGAUAGUUGACGUUACCUCCCCCCUCUUGGCUACUUUCGGAACCUUGAAGCGUCCGCGAGAAGCAAGGUAACCCCUCUGAUCGGGUUGCACUUGGAUCGAAACGAAGGUCGCUCUUUCAAUGAUCAUCUUGAUAUCUGGAUGAUUUGUCGGACCCUUCCUUCCGCUGUCCGAGAAACGCAUUGACUAAUAUAGGCUUUAUUUCUUUGCCUAGUCGGCUGCUGGCUUCUCGCAAAUUUGGACUGGGGCUGGAAAACUGAAACUACAAACAAAAGUGUGGUUCUCUGGCGUCGGAUCGUGUAGAUAUGGAUUUUAUACACUUUGGCUUCUCGUCUAUUGUGAUUACCUGAUUGCUUCUUCAAUUUAUUCUUCGGCUACAGCUUCCUUGCAACUCACGUACCUCGGUUUCAUUGACUAGUUACAGAAUCCCUUCCCAGAUCUGUCUUUGAGAAAGAGACAUUGGUAAAAGGAUCCAUUUGUAGUUGGUGAACCUAGCUAGGAUUUGCCAAUUUAUUCUAGUACAAAAGCAGGGGCGUUGUGGGGAAAAAUAGGUAGAAUCCACGAGCCCCGCCGCACUGUGAGCGCCAUGAGCAGAUCCACGCUCAUGUGGAAGAAGUAAAAACAUAAGGCAAAACCCGAGGUCCAGUCUUGUUUGGGUUUGUAGGAGCAUGAAAUAGAAAAAAAGUACUAUCGUGACGAGGAAAGGAAACUUCGCUUGCACCGACCAUUUGAGAGUAAAGCGUAAAGGGUUAUUGGGGAUGAUUUUCGUGUGCUAGAUCACGCACGUGGACGAUAGGAAAGAGAAGAGGUAUUACAGACCGAUCGCAGAAAUUUCGUGAACAUCAAAGACUGUAGUUUUGGAGGCUGGAUGGCGACGAGGGUAUCUCACCACUCGAAUUCACCCUGACCCUUGUGGAAAACGUACCUAAAUAUAGAGUUAGG